AUGGGGGCUAAUAAUACUUCAAAGAAUAUUGAAAGUAAAAGCAGUAAAGCAGACAUUCAUGAAAAUCACUGGGGAAGUUAUACGGGAAGCUUUCUCUCAAAGAAUCCUAGGCUUGCUAACAAUGUGAACAAAUUAAGGAUGCUCACGGCAUCUAUGUCAGGAUGCAUUUCUAGUGACAUACCAAUACAAAUAAUAUUGAAAAAUCGUGAAGUUGGCCAUCGACCUUGUAUUCGUACUUCAAAAGGUUAUUUUGAUGCACCUGAAAAUCCUUCAGGACCUUUUUUACCUUGUGACAGAGCAUCCAUAGUUAACAGAUAUCUACCGAACCGCAAAACCAUAAUCGAGAAAAUAGAAUCCAAGACAUUUUGUUGUUUGUAUUUACCAGGCCGUAAACUCGUAACUGCUAGUCAAGAUGACAAAUUACGUCUUUAUAUUCGAGAUGAGAAUUUGAUGCAUAAGUAUAAACUAGUAAACAAUUCAUCGGUUCCUGACGUUGGAUGGAGUAUUAUUGAUUUAGCAACCAACUCUGAUGGUACUCAGAUUGCAUGCUCAGCAUGGAGUGAAUCCAGUAAGUUUUCUUCUAGAUUUUCGCAGAGCACUAUAUUUAAGUAUUUUUAUUUUAAUGGUAUAUUCAGAUUUGCAUACUUUUCUUUGCGUUACACCAUGGAUGAUCUUCGUCUCAUAGCUGGAGGCUCUGAUGGUUAUAUAUAUAUUUUUUCUCAUGUGCAUCCACAGCUACAGUUGUUUCAAGCCCAUGAAGGUGACGUUAAUGCAAUACACUGCAUGAGUCAGGAUCCCAAUAUUUUUUGUAGUGGAGGAGAUGAUGGAUUGUGUAAGGUUUGGGACAUUCGUAUUCUUCCUAGUAAAGCACCUGUUGGUGUUUUUGCUGGACAUCGUCAUGGCAUUACUUACAUUGAUGGGCAUGGUAAUGGAAAAUAUAUUUUAACAAACAGCAAAGAUCAGACUGUCAAGAUUUGGGAUUUGCGCAAAUUUUCUUCGAGCUAUGCUGAAAAACAGACGCUUAGAGCAACGCAAAGGCAAACAUGGGAUUAUAGGUAUCAAGAUGUACCACGAUUUUUCAACCUUGCAAAACCCAUGAAGAUAAUUCCAUUUUUUUUACCCCCGAUAUAUUGCAUUAAAGGUGAUGGAUCUUUGAUGACUUUUCGAGGUCACUCAGUGCGGCACACACUUAUUCGAGCCAAAUUUUCACCGGAACGAACCGGAUUCCGUUACGUAUACUGUGGCAGUACGGAGGGCACUUUGUAUAUUUUCGAUAUUUUGACUGGAGAAUACGUCCGGAUGUUGAGUGGGCAUAAAAGUGUAGUUCGUGACUGCUGUUGGCAUCCGGAAGAAAAUGAGAUUGUGACAGUUGCAUGGGAUGGUUGCACAAUGAGAUGGUAUUGUGAUAUGUCUCCGGAGUAUGCUCUUGAAUUGGAAAGAGAUUCAGAUUAA